AGAGGGAAGAGUGACAUGGACGCUCAGAGAGAAGCAGAGAGGAGAAGUGAAGAGAGUGAAGCAGUCAAAGAUUGCUUCCAGCAGCCCCCAAUUUCAACAUUACAGCUUCAUCCUCAGAGGGCUUGCAAACUAAAAGGAGGCCAUACGCCCAGGCGGAACGAUACGGCAGCGCCGCGGUGCCUCGGUUGGCCUCGGAUGGCCUCGGAUAGCCGGUCCCCCGCCGUGCGUCGGGACCGGGGUCCGGUGCGGAGAGCCCCUCGUCCCGGGAAACGGGGCGCGGCCGGAAAGGGGGCCGCCCCCUCGCCCGUCACGCAACGCACGUUCGUGGGGAACCUGGUGCUAAACCAUUCGUAGACCACCUGCUUCUGGGUCGGGGUUUCGCACGUAGCAGAGCAGCUCCCUCGCUGCGAUCUAUUGAAAGUCAGCCCUCGACACAAGGGUUUGUAAAAAUAAUAA